AUGCUGGAAAAUUACGAGCAUGUGGCCUCUCUGGGAUUUCCACUUCUCAAACCUGCUGUGAUCUCACAACUGGAGGAAAGAGGAGUGCUGUGGGGCCCACGUCCAGUGCCCACUGGAAUGGGAACAGGCCCUCAAGUCCUCUGGACUGAUGUUGAUAUUCAGCCUGACAGUAACUUAACAAAGGAAAUGUGUGAAGAAAAAGAUAGUACAUCAUUUAAACAUCAGAGGGACUUUUCCCAGGAAACAGACUUUUCAGAAGCCUGUAUUCUAGAGAAACAGGAAGAAGUCCACUCAGUAGGAAGUAUGAAGAAAGAAGACAGCAGUAUCAUUGAGGGAACAGUAAAAAAUGAGACAAGCCCCAUGGAGAAAUGUUUCUUUAGCCAAAGCCCAAAUUUCUGUCAUUGUCAUACUGUCUCCACUGGUGAACAGCCCCCUGAGUGUACAGGAUCUGGGAAAGCCUUCAGUGCCAACAGGAAACUUACUCAGCGUGAAGUAGUUGAUACCAAGGAAAGACUUCUCAAAUGUGAAGAAGUAGUGGAAACCUUUAGGUGUGACUCUCAAAGUAACCAGCCUCAAGAUAGUGACACUGGAGAGAAGCCCUAUCAGUGUAAAGAAUGUGGCAAAGCCUUCAGUAUUAAUGCAAAAUUAACUUGGCAUCAAAGACUUCACAGAGGGGAUAAACCCUUCAAGUGUGUGGAAUGUGGGAAAAGCUUUAGUUACAGUUCCCAUUAUAUAACACAUCAGACAAUCCACAGUGGGGAAAAGCCCUAUCAGUGUAAGGUGUGUGGGAAAGCCUUCAGCGUUAAUGGCAGUCUAAGUAGGCAUCAGAGAAUCCACACUGGAGAGAAGCCAUAUCAGUGCAAGGAGUGUGGAAAUGGCUUCAGCUGUAGUUCUGCAUAUAUUACACAUCAGAGAGUCCACACUGGAGAGAAACCUUAUGAGUGUAAUGACUGUGGGAAAGCUUUCAAUGUUAAUGCAAAAUUAAUUCAACACCAGAGAAUCCACACUGGAGAGAAGCCCUAUGGGUGUACUGAGUGUGGAAAAGGCUUCAGAUGCAGCUCCCAGCUUAGGCAGCACCAGAGCAUCCACACUGGAGAGAAGCCCUAUAAGUGUAAGGAGUGUGACAAAGCCUUCCACAGUAAUGCAAAACUCAUUCAGCAUCAAAGAAUCCAUACUGGGGAGAAACCCUAUGAGUGUGCUGAAUGUGGAAAAGCCUUUAGUGUCAAAGGGAAAUUAAUCCAGCAUCAGAGGAUCCACACCGGGGAGAAGCCCUAUGAGUGUAAUGAAUGUGGGAAAGCCUUCCGGUGUAACUCCCAACUUCGACAGCAUCUGAGAAUCCACACCGGGGAGAAGCCCUAUGAGUGUAAUGAGUGUGGAAAGGCCUUCAGUGUUAAUGCAAAACUAAUUCAGCAUCAGAGAAUUCACACUGGGGAGAAACCCUUUGAAUGUAAUGAGUGUGGGAAAUGCUUUACUUCAAAAAGAAACCUGCUCGAUCAUCACAGAAUCCAUACUGGAGAAAAGCCGUAUCAAUGUAAGGAAUGUGGGAAAGCUUUCAGUAUCAAUGCAAAACUGACGAGGCAUCAGAGAAUACACACUGGAGAGAAGCCUUUCAAAUGUAUGGAGUGUGGAAAAGCUUUUAGCUGUAGUUCUGACUAUAUUGUACAUCAGAGAAUCCACACUGGAGAAAAGCCCUUUCAAUGUAAGGAAUGUGGAAAAGCUUUCCAUGUCAAUGCCCAUUUAAUUCGGCAUCAGAGAAGCCACACAGGGGAGAAACUCUUCAGAUGUGUGGAGUGUGGCAAAGGCUUCAGCUAUAGUUCUGACUGCAUUAUACAUCAGACUGUCCACACUUGGAAGAAACCAUAUGUGUGUAACACGUGUGGGAGAGCCUUCAGGUUUAGCUUCCAACUUACUCAGCAUCAAAAUGUUCACAGUGAGGGAAAAUCCUAG